AUGACGACAACAACAACACAACCAACCACCACAACACAACCACCAACUACAACAACACCAAUAUCACCAUCCACGACAACACAACCACCCACUACCACAACAACACCAUCAUCCACCACAACAACACAACCACCAACUACCACAACAACACCACCAACCACCACAACAACACAAUCACCAACUACCACACCA